UCAUUCUACAGUACAUAUGUGUUUGAUUGGAUCGACUUGAUGGUUAUUUUCUUUUGACUGAAUGCAACCCAGCCCCAGUGGAUUAAGCCAGCUUUUUGUGUGUGAGCAUUUCUUCAUGGGAGCUGUUACUACGAAACUCACUGCAGGGAUUUCAGAGAACAUCCCCUAGGGUAGGGGGCUGUUUUGGAGGAGGGAGAGACCUCCUGUUUCCUUUGCUCUGGGAAGAUGCUGGGACAAUAGCGCCCUUCACGGUCUGUGCACCCUCGCUCCAGGAUGGCUGUCUAUGCUCUCACAGGUUUCUCACUAGUCAGUUUGCUCAGCUUUGGCUAUUUAUCCUGGGACUGGAUGAAGCCCGGUUUGGUGGCAGAUGUUGCUAUGGACCCUAUGGAGAAAUCGCUGCCUCCUACCUUCACCAGGCCACCUCACAUCAUCUUCAUUCUGACUGAUGACCAGGGAUACCAUGAUGUUGGGUAUCACGGCUCAGAUAUCCAAACACCAACACUGGACAGGCUGGCAGCAGAAGGGGUUAAACUGGAGAAUUAUUAUAUCCAGCCCAUCUGUACCCCAUCCAGGAGCCAGCUGAUAACGGGCAGGUACCAGAUCCACACAGGCCUGCAGCACUCCAUCAUCCGCCCUCGGCAGCCCAACUGCCUGCCCCUUGACCAGGUCACCUUGCCCCAGAAGCUGCAGGAAGCCGGCUACUCCACGCACAUGGUGGGCAAGUGGCACCUUGGCUUCUACAAGAAGGAAUGUCUGCCCACCCGCCGGGGCUUUGACACCUUCCUGGGCUCCCUGACGGGCAACGUGGACUACUACACCUAUGACAACUGUGAUGGGCCAGGUGUCUGUGGCUACGACCUGCACGAAGGGGAGAAGGUAGCCUGGGACCAGAGUGGGAAGUACUCCACCCUCCUCUAUGCCCAGCGCGUCAGCAAGAUACUGGCAUCCCAUAGCCCCAAGGAGCCGAUCUUUAUUUAUGUGGCCUUCCAAGCAGUGCACACGCCUCUUCAGUCACCCAAGGAAUACAUCUACCGCUACCGCUCUAUGGGCAAUGUUGCUCGCCGCAAGUACGCUGCCAUGGUGACAUGCAUGGACGAGGCGGUGAAGAACAUCACCUGGGCCCUCAAGAAGUAUGGCUAUUAUGACAACAGCGUGAUUGUGUUCUCCACAGACAACGGCGGGCAGACCUUCUCAGGAGGAAGCAACUGGCCACUACGAGGCCGCAAAGGGACAUACUGGGAAGGGGGAGUGCGUGGCAUCGGCUUUGUCCACAGUCCCCUGAUCAAACGCAAGCGUCGGACCAGCUGGGCCCUGGUCCACAUCACGGACUGGUACCCAACUCUGGUGAGCCUGGCAAGGGGCAACCUGAGCAAUGUCCCGGGCCUGGAUGGCUACAACGUGUGGCCUACCAUCAGUGAGGGCAAGGAGUCCCCACGAACUGAAAUCCUGCACAACAUUGAUCCACUGUACAACCACGCCAAGUAUGGCUCCUUGGAGGAUGGCUUCGGCAUCUGGAACACAGCUGUGCAGGCCUCCAUCCGGGUUGGGGAGUGGAAACUCCUUACUGGGGACCCAGGGUAUAGCGACUGGAUCCCUCCUCAGACCCUGACCAACUUCCCAGGGAGCUGGUGGAACCUGGAGCGGCUCACUGAUGGCCUGAGGAAGUCCAUAUGGCUCUUCAACAUCACUGCCGACCCCUACGAGCGUUACGACCUGUCAGACCAGCGCCCAGAUGUCGUCAGAGCUCUCUUGAUGAGGCUAGUAUACUACAACCGGACAGCCAUCCCGGUACGGUAUCCUGCUGAGAACCCCCGGGCUCACCCAGACUUCAACGGCGGUGCCUGGGGCCCUUGGGCCAGUGAGGAUGAUGUGGAUGAGUGGGAAGGGGGCAGGGAGCCCCUGAAGAGUAGAAACAAGAAGAAGAAGUGCAAGAUAUGCAAGCUGCGCUCCUUCUUCCGCAAGCUGAACACCAGGCUCAUGUCAAACCGGAUCUGAUGGGAGACUCCCCCAGCAUCGCGACACAGCCUGGCCGAGGUGGAGCUCCAGAUGAGCAGCGCCGCAGGGGUGAUAGCAGGAGGGAGAAUAAAGUAUGGAGAGGCAGCCAACACCCUCUUGCUUUGCCUUGUGUCAGGGCAUGCUCACUCCAAAACGCCUCUCCUCUCUGUCUGGGCCAGCAGCCACAUGGAGGGCCAGAUGGGUCCGCAGGCAAGCAAAAGUGGUGCAGGCUCAACCACGGUGCUGAGUAGUGAUAUAUGAGUCCACUGAGCUGGGCUGGCCUGUGCACAGCUCCUUCCACAGCAAGAGACCCUUUUCUUCAGGACUGUGCAGGCAAUCGCAAGCUUUAAAUGUUGGCCAUUGCAACAGCACGAGGAACAGUGUGAAGGGGCCCUAGGGUGGCGACUUAGAGGGGCUAGCCAGUCUUGGCUGUUCUGACUGUAGGUUUUCUCACAUUCUUUCUCUUUAUAAAUGUGUUCCCGAUUUCCUAAGUGCUGCCGAGCGGCUGCCGUGUUUGGAACUUGCAGGGCCUCCCCCAAUCCCACAACCACAGCGUUUCCCCAUGAUUCUUCAUACGACAGAUAUUCCUGCCUCGUGGGUGACAGACCUGAGACUGCUGAGGCUGGUCUCAGCCUUCCCGCCAGAGGAUCUCAUGUCACCUGACACCAUGACUUCUCCUCUCUGCUGACUCAAGGGGGCCUGUGGCCAGCUGCAGUGGGGAGCUGCGGAGUAGCUGGAAAUAGGCCCCCAACGCACUCAGAGGACACCUGGCUCUUCAUAGCCCUGCAUUUGGGAGGCCAGUUUGUCCUGAGUGCCAGUAGGCUUGACGUGGCCCAGCUCUACGGCAGACCCCUUCUGUCCACACUUACGCCUGGCCAGAUCCCUGAGGUGCGUGGCUGUAGGCACGCGUGAAUUCUUUGCUGUGCAUUCAUGCAUCCACACUCCUGCCUAGGCAUCCUGCACAUGCAACCCGUCAGCCACCCCUGGUGGCCCCAUCUCUGUGCGAGAGCUGUCUCCAACCCAACACCUCGCUGUUGAACUUGGAGCAUGGGGAAGAUCUCAGGGAGGUCUCUGCAGAGGUCAUUUACGGUGCUCUGUAGAUGCAGGACUUUAAAGCUGUAGAGGGAACAGGGAAGUAGGGUCACCCCAACUCCUGCCUUGCUGAGGUACACACUCCUUCACUUGUCUUUCUUUGCUCAACCCACCCAUGUGUAUGGAGGUGCCCACUGUGCCCCUUUGCUGUGGAUCAAUGCAGCUCUCCCAGGAGCACAUGCGUGGGGGGAAAUACCUCCCCAUCUGCCUUCCAUGGGGAUUUGAGUGAGGCAAUUGUCUGAGGCCAGGCAUCUUGCAAGCUCAAGCGGUGAGUGAAGUGCCAUGCCCCCGCGCUUUCAGCAGGGUGCGAGUGUGUGUAUGCGCGCUCAGAUGAGAGCUGGCGAGCAUGAAAGAGGGUAAAUAGCUUUAAAAGCAUUUUGGAUGCAUGGUGCAUUUCCAUUUACACAAUGUAUUUUACAUUUCUCCCCACAGGUUUCUCUUGGUGCAGCGUGUGUAGGCGAAGGCCCUGCUGUGAAUUUUGAAAAUAGUUAUUUUUGUCUCUGGAAAAUGAGGCCCGUUAGGACUUGUCAGCUCUUGGAUGAGCAGUGUGGGCUUUUUUCAUUUUUUUUUCUCUUCUCUCUCUUGCAAAAUAACAUUCAUUUAAAAUCUGUCAUUGAAAGAUGUGACAAUUGGCAGAAUGUACACUGAAUACCUUUCAGUGUGCUUUCAAGCCCCGUGUGUGAGAGAGAGGGACGGGGAUGGGAAGAGAAUGCAAUGACACGUUUGUAUUUUUUUUUACUCUUAGCUGGAUUAUUUGGGGGAAUUGGGAUUUUCUAUAGAAACAAAGAAAAAAAAAAGCCGGCAGCAAGGCGUAAUACAGGAGGCCCUGUUAUUGUAGAGAUGGAAAAUAGUUUGCAAAGCCAGAGCGUGGAUGUCUGUCUGUCUGUCCAUCCACCUGUCCUACCUGCUCAUUGCACACCAGUCGCUGCACUGCCCCAUCAGCCCUCUCUCCAGCCCUACGGACAUGUCCCAUAGGACAGAAGUAAGAGCAGAUUUUGCAGAGGCACUAAGUGCCUCCAGGGCUGCUCUGUCAGCCUCAGGGCCACCCCCAGCCUUGGAGAGACUCCCCAUCCCUAUCCCCAAGCCGCUUAGCAAGUCGCUUCACGUGCAUCUGGCAGCAUGUGGCGUCACCACCCAGUACAUGUCCCACAGUCACCGCCUGGCCAAAGCAAACCACGGGGAGAUGCAUCACAUCCUUUAAUUUACUACCUCAACCAGAGGGAGGGCUCGGUCCCGGGGCACGUGCCAUUGGUUUCCCCAUCGGCAGUCAGAGUUCAGCUCCAGCUGCCACUUGACAAAGCACUUCAGCAACCGGUUGCCGAAUAUAAAUCAGCGCUUUGCUGAAAAAGAAGAGACCUAAUGCUUAGAGCUAAGCAUGUUAUCCACGCUUUGCUGAGCGGAGGCCUGCGAGGGAGUCUGUGCGGGAAGGGGAGGGAGGGUGAAGUCUGACACAGAGAUCAGACGCCGAGUCACAGCAAAAGGGGUUGCUGUGGAAGACACUUCGCCGGAGGGAGCAGGGCAGCGUGAGACUGGAGUUGGCCGUGGGGUGGCGACAAGGCUCGGGAAACGGGUUUCAUUUCCAUAUUUAUGUAAACGUGUCCAAGUUUAGUCCUUCUUUUAUUUUUUUUUCAAAAAUGGAAAUUUCCAUGAAAACAUGUUCGAUUUUUCUCCCUUCAGUUUUACUAAUAUCUUGAUGGAAAUGUUAGUCUUGUCUUGUUUUAUUUCUAGUUUCAAAUCACUGGCUUACUGUUCUUAGGCUGAUGCUAAUUUUGGUCAUCCAGU